AAUUGAUGACACAUAUAGGGACGAACCAGUCUCGAUAACCCGCAUGUUGCCCGCGCGAAUCUGAUUUUUCGACCAGACUGGUGUUUUCUACCUUGCCGCUCGCUUACUUCUUCUGGCACGGGAGAAUAAAGAGAGCAUUGCACUGCUGUUAAAGUUCAGUGAUUGUUUGCCUGCAUUGCUUGGAAGCCUGAAAGACUAAACGGCUGUAUCAACUGUUGUAGCAUUUCGUUUGUUCAUCGGCCAAUGGUGUAGAUUUUUAAAGUUUUAAUAUUCUUUGUGCAUGCGUGAGAAACUAUUUAAAAUGGAAUCAGCACUGAAAGAGUUUCAUGCAGCAGUUAAGCAAAAUGAUGCAGAGAAAGUUAGAAAAUAUCUGCAAGAUGGAAUUUCACCUGAUGAGCCAAACUGGGACAUAAAUGGAAGGCCAGCUAUUUUUGAAGCCACUUAUCAAGGAGAUGUUGAGAUAGUAAAAAUACUUUUAGAUGCCAAUGCAGAUCCAAAUGCACAGAACACAGUAGGAGAAACUGCUUUACAUAAUGCAUUUCACCCAAAAUCUUUUUCCAAGGACAUUGUAACAUUACUUCUUGAACAUGGUGCUGAUGAGAAUAUCAGAGAAAAAAUGAAUGGAUACACCCCUAUGCAUUUAGCAGCAAAAUUAGCAUCUUCAAAAAUAAGUAAAACUUGUCACCAAGAUCUUUUGGAUGUUCUGAAAAUGAUGAGUGAGAAAGCUGACGUAACAAUUACAAGCUACAGAAAAGAAACUGCAAUGCACCGUCUCGUUGCAGGAAAUGCAGAUUGCAGCGACACGCUUCAAAUCUUGAUUGAUAGAGGUUACAAACUGGAUGCCCAGAAUGAAAGAGGAGAAACUAGCCUCAUGUGUGCCAUUGACAAAGGUCAUAUUAAUAUGGCUGCAGCACUGAUAAAAGCAGGAACUAAUGUGAAUAUUAAAGACAGACAUUUUCAAACUGCUUUGCACCACAGUGUUCAAAAAAACCAGCUGAGUUUGGUUAAAUUGUUACUUAAUACACAAUGUGAUAUCAAUGCAACAGAUCUGAAUGGUGACACUGCUCUUCAUAUUGCCUCAAGUAAAGGAUUGACAGAUAUGGUUAAAGUAUUAAUAUCGUAUCCUGAAAUUGAUGUUAAUGUGCAAAAUAUCCGUGGUUCAACACCACUUCUUAAUGCAGUAGAAAGUGGUUUUACUAAAGUAGUGGAACUUUUAUUAGAGGUGUACAGUGAUGCUGAAUAUGAAAAAGGACUCCUUAAAGCUUUGGAUAUAGCUGAAGAAAAUUUUGUACGCCGGUGGCACCCAGAAAUUUUCUCAUUGCUGCAGCAAGCUCUAGAUCAAAAAAGAGAUUUAUGGGAUGAAGGUGAAACUUCUCUGUGAUUAGUAUGUACAAUCUUUUAUAGACAAUAAUGUUUGACUUAGACUGCAACUGAUAUUAACAAUCCAUUCGAUGAGCUGUUAUCAGUUUGAUAUUCUGUAAUUUAUCUUUAGUUUUUCUUUUUUGCUAGUAUUUUCAUAAUUAAGUUAUUUUGAACAAGCUAUUUAUAAAAUGUAUUAUUUAAUAUAAA